AUGUCAAGCCACAUUAUCGCGAGCUUUCAACCGGCAAAGGAAAGGUUAGUCAGUCUUCUUAAAGAAGUAAAUCAACUGGAGAUCAAAUCUCCAGAACCAAGAAAGGCUCUACAAGCAAUAUCUGGAUAUGAUAUAGCUCCAGAGAAUUAUGAAGUCAUCAGAAAACUGCUCAAUGAAAAAUAUGGCGAUUACUCAAUAGUAACAACAUUACUCUACAACGAACUCCAAUCAAUUGAACAAAACGAAAGAGAAUGGAUUGGAACAAUUGAAAAUAUAGAACGAGUACUGCGCCAGUUAGAAGCUCUAGGAGAAAGCCUUGAGCACUCAAAUAUUGAAAUCUUGAUCGAGAGCAAGUUGCCAUUAUGGAUAUUAAAUAAAAUAUAUAAACACAAGAAGAAGGCCUUGGUCAAUUCUCAAACUAAGAAACUUUUUAACAAGUUUAGUUAA